CGUUGGACAUUGUGCGCUCAACCUGACUUUGAAACAUUUGUGUUUAAGCGGAUUUUUCGCAAGUUUUUAUUUUUGUUUAACUGCUGGCUAGGACGUGAUAGAGUCUACAAAUUUUAAAGUUCUGAACAUUUGCUUACUUGUGUGUUGGUUAGUGAGAGAGUACUGCAGAAUGUGGCUGUUAAAGCCCGCCAUUUAACAAGAGUUCAGAUUAUUUGAUUUUACACAUUUCGAAAUGUUUGCGACAUUUGUUUGUUGUAGUCGCUGGAGAAGGGUGGGCAACAGUUGCAGCGGCAGCAUGUUUACUUUGUGGCCGUUCAAGUGGACGUUGCUGUUGUUGGUCAUGUUUCUCAUGAACAAAGUGGCAGCCAAAUGGCCACCUGACACACAGUCGCGCUUCUAUCCGCAACAUUGGCCUCGCCAUUACUUUGACGACUUUGCAUUUGAUUCACGUAGUUUUGGAAAUGAAAAAUCUAUCGACGGAAACGGAAAUGCUUUAUUUGGCAAAGCAAUCGCUGACGAAAUAGCGUUGCCCGAUUUGUUACAAGCAAACGAUGUUGAAGUUCCUGCCGAUGAAAGGCGUCAGCGGCAAAUGCAAUGGCUGGGUAGUUGGUUAUUUGGACACAGACAAAAGCAAACGAAACAACAACCAUAUUUACAAGGACAACUACUACAACCGGCACAAUCACAAAACCAACAACAGCAAUCAAAUCUAAACGGUUUGCGUAACCAUGACGCAGAUAUCGUCAUCUACAAGAAAUCACCUGAAAUUGUGCCGGGUGACGAAGCGAAGCUCGCGCUUGAAACUGAGGCAAGUGAGAAUGACGUCGCCGAUGCAAAAACGGCAGAGGAGAAUGCAGAGAAGCAGGAUAUGCCGCUAGAUACAGUAUCGGAUUAUGAUUACAAAAGUGAUAUGGAUUCAGCUAGCGAACGUUUCAACCCCCAGCAGACGCCACCUUCCAAACGCGACCCUUACGCGCGCCGCAAUCGUAGUUUUGACUACGCUUACAUACCCUACACAGCGUACCAGCACGAUCGGGAACUUAGUGAAGCAAAAAAAUUGGCUUUCAAGCGUAAUAAGACCGGCAAUAGCGAUCAACGCAAUUUCCUACCCUCAAUCAGUGCUGGCGCCAUGACACACCUGGGCAACUUCUUUACGGAUCUUUCAAAGAAUGUGCACUACAAUGAGAAAUCACAACCGUUAGGCCAUGAGGACGCGAAACUACUUGAAGGGCAACAUCCCCUACGACAGCUGCACGAGAAGAUAGCUGGUGAACAUGAGGCAAAUGCAGAAUUUUUGCACGCAAUACGCACAUAUCGGCCUUCUCAAAAGAUACGCUCGUUGGUGGCGAUGAAUCCGCGUGGCUAUCAUGGCGCACAAUUCAUUGAUCCCAAUUACAUGUGGGUUGGUUUGGGUAAAUAGCAGUACGCGUGGCGGCGUUGUGGUAGCUGGCAUUGUGCCGUAGAUCCACCCAGUUGGCAUCGAGGAAGAGAAUGAGGUUCUCAAAUGCCCUGCUCUCCUUCUCACUCCUCAUCCUCAACCACACCCCACCACAUCGCGUUUUAAAUGUUACAACGAAACUCAGUGGAUGCGAGCAAAGAGCGUAUAAAGAUGAGGUGUAGUUUCCGGCUCGAGCCGGUAAUCAAAUUCAGCUAGGAAAUUUCAACACACAAAAACUAAUUGGCUAUAAAUUUAUUCUAAGACCGAUUUCAUAUAGCGCAAAUUUGUUUGCAAAUACUGUCUUGUGUUUUUGUGUUGUUCAUGACUUGUACACAGGGCAACGCCUACAGCAGAGAGGAAUUGCGGAAUGCCGAAAUUAUAAACGGAGCAGGAAAACACAACGCGCGCACGAGCAACUCGGCGCUCCUCAACUUUGCUCGUCGCACUUUCCUCAAUAUGUUACGAGUUGAAGCACUCAAGCAGCGCAAGUUGCCCUGUAUGAAGGCGGUCUAAUUAGUCCGCAUUGGUUUUUAAGUGGUGAAAUUUACUAGCCGUGUUUUACAGCUUCUUGCCUUUGUGCGUUUUUUGUUGCAAGGAUGUAUGUAAAUUAGAAUGAAAAAAUAUGUUUGUGAUUAUGAUUUGUUUAUGGUAUGUAUUUUGGUAUCAAUUUUUUUAUAGGAGUUUUUUUUUUAAUAUAAAUGUAAUAUCCACGGUAUCUAGUCAACUGAUGUGUGUAUGCUCCUGCCCCCCAUCUAACAUUUAGCUCUCAUUAAAUAUGUUCUUGUAAUGUGUGUUUUAUUCAUAAGCAACCGUUAUCCUAAUAAUAUACAACCACAUAUAUAUAAAUAUAUUUAUUAGCUGUAAAUGGCAAAAAAUAUAAAACAACAAA